AUGACCACUUCUCUCUCCUCCACACCCGCCCUGCAGCGCCGCUCUACACAUGACAGUUCCAUUGGGCCCGUCAGCAGCCGCUCUUCUGUUCUCGUUCAACAAGACUCCGAAUUGGACCCAAGAGCCGCAGCCAUCGCACGUGUGCCUAUCUACGUAGAUAUCCCAGAUGCCACUCUGCAGACAAUUAUGAAUAUUGCCGUUGAGGCGUAUAGUAAGUUUGUGUUGCUUCCCACACGAAAUACAUGGAGAAAAGAGGAGGGAUCUAGAAAGGAAUUAGAGAGGGAAAUUGAGCGUACUGUGGUGCGGGAUAUUGCACAGAUGAUUAAGAAGAAUGUAGAGGCUGCAUUAGGUGGAACAUGGCAUGUUGUGUAUGGACGUUCCUUCGCCACUUAUGUGACUCAUCAGAGACGUUCAUUCUGUCAUUUUCAAUUAGAUGGUGCUAAUGUUGUUGUAUGGCGACAUGGUGGUUAG